UUGGCUGUCAUGAAAAUGUUUCUGAUGUUUUCAGUAAAUAUUGCUUUCAUCUACCAAUAGAUGGCAAUGCUGUCUUCAAAACAUGAAUGGCCUUGAAGAUUCUCAUUUUUGUUGUGUUGCUUGUUUUGAAUCGGAAGUGAUAGGUAUUGCACUGCUUGUGUUUUUUAGUUACUUUAUUUUUCACUUUGAAUCAUGUCAUCAGUGCUCGAAAACGCUUAUUUGAGGCAAAGACUUCGGCAGAUGGAUCAGUUAUAUCCCGAACCUUCGACAUUCGGACGAUGUGAUUGCAGGUCUUAUUCGUAUUUUGCUCUGUCGAUUGUACUAUUUGUUCUUGGAACACUCAUUACGGUACUUGUUUUCGGUGAUGCCGGCGGAUAUUUAUUCACAAAUCUGGGACAUGUGUGGUUAGUAGGACCAGUAUUCAUUUGUUCCGGACUCGUGAUAGCUGUGAGAAGUGUUUUGUAUUUAAGAAAGAAAAGUGUUAUUCAAAUGCUAUUGCGGCAACGAGCACUUCUUCGGGGACUACAGGAGUUAGCACAGCAGUCAAGGAAUCAACAAUCAGGAUGUGUCAUUCGUAAUCCAAGUACAGUAACAUUGCCACCGACAUAUGAAGCUUUGAUGGGCGCUUCAGCAUCGCAUGAUAGCAGUGGCCCCACAGAGGCACCACCGCCCUCUUACGAUGAAGCAAUGUUUCUCAUUGGGGAUGAAAAGUUGCAGGUGGUUUUAGAAGAAUCAAAGUAUGCUGCUAGUUCUGAAGACGAACUGAGUAAGGGUCUUCAUGAAGCAGCCUGCUGUCAUAAACCACCUGGAGAAAAUAAUGGUGGAGAUUGAGAAGAAUGCUAAAGACUGAGUUAAAUAUUUAUAUAAAACUAUUUUUUAGAUACUAGUUGGAUCAAUAUUUCAUUUAUUCUUUUAAUUUUUUUCCUUAUUAUUUUAUUAUCUUGCCCUCUUCAUCCAACAAAUUGUGCUGCACUUAGGUCUAUGAUGCACAUCUGUUGAAAUACCCUGCUUUUUCUGCAAAUGAACUGGAAAAAACAAAUAAAAACAACAAUUAAUUGUCUAGAAAUUGUACAAGCAGCUCCCUUCAUUUUAGAUACAAAUACUUUGCAAUACUUAUAAGAAGUUUUUAAGAUAAGACUUCAAUUUGUAGUAAUGAAUAUUGCUAUAGUAUUGAACCUUAAAAUUCUUCUACUGAAUCAUAUUUUUAUCCAUGAAAGGUCAGCCAUGUGAUGCCAUGUAAUGGCAGAAAGUAAAUUUUUUAAAGUUUUUACUACAGCGUUGACAACUGAAAGUGAUGAACACAACAACUUACAAACGCCAUGGUUCUUUAGAUUCAAAAGUGUGCAAUUUUGAAUAUCAUCUCUAUAUGAAAAUAAAAAAUCAUUCAUGUCUUUUAAAAUGUCCUUUGUUGCCUUGACAGAUGUGCAUCUUGUACUAAAAUAGCACAGAUUGAAAAUGUAAAUGUGCUUCAUAAAAAACAAACGGCUAGAAAACACUUAUAAAUAUUUUGAACAAGGACUCAAUUGAUGAAUUGUACUCUGCUCUGUUAUUUCAGCUUGGCAAGAUACACUGAUAGUAUAUUAUGAUAAACUACUUCAAUUUUGCCUUUCUUUUUGAAUUAUUAAUCUCUAAUAAAAUGAGCAUAAAAUUAUCUAUCAAGUGAAAAAAUAAACCAGAUUGAUUAUAUACAGCUAAAACUGCAGUUUACCAAUAACAGUAAUGCUGUUUAAUAAAUAUUAUUCUAUUGAAUAAAACAUUGUGUGACAAUGAACUAGAAAGGUCUUAAUGCCAUUUCUUGUAUCUCUCAGCACUUAUUACAGUGCUUCUUGUAUUAAUUUCUUUAAUCUUCUCUCUUCUGUAUUUAUUUCUUAAAUAUUUUUCCCUGAUUUUCCCCUCCCCCCCCACCACACACACACAUACACAAAGAAAAAUCCCCUGCCAGUAACUGACUAAAAGCUAAAUUUUGUUCAAGAUUUUAAAGGAACAUGUUCUGUAGGCAUAGUAAAAAGUAAAUGUCACCCAUACAUUUUUCAAUCAUUGCAUAUGAAGUACUGCAUAACAUUUUGUUACCAACAAAUGUAUUCUUGUGUUUGAUUUCGUGUAGACAUUGGUAAAAAUAGUAUUUUUGCCUAUAUGUAUGCACAAGAAGAUAUUAUAUACUAUUUGUGUUAUUGUUCAGUUUUUAUUGUUUAUAUAUUCAGUGGGCUAAGCACAUAUUUAAUUUUAUAUAUGCUCAUUUGACUGAUUUGUAGAAUGUAAAUAAUAGAGAGAUAUUAUGUUUUAUAUGAUGAAAUAAGAAAUAUUUCUUUUUAUUAAUUGCUUACCAUUUUUAUCUAUGUUUAGAAGUAUGCUUGAUUUGGAGUUGCGAUCUAUCAUCAGAAUGUAUUAGUCACAAAAAUUUUAAACAUCAUAGGAAAAAUUUUGCUACAAAUGCUAUAUUUUGAAAACAUGUUUGUUUGUAUAAACUGUAUUUAAUACAAAGUAUACUAAUAACAUUUAAAAAUAUAUUUCU